AUGAAAUAAACAUUGCACUAUCACCUGCGGUUGAGUACACACAAAUGUCAUGCACUGUUCAAGAGCCUUUGCCUUCUAUGACAUUCAGAUGACUUAAUAACAACCAACAUGAAGCGGACAGGUACAGUUAGCACGUUUUGCCUGUUUUAAAGAACUUUUAAACUUGUUGAAGUCAUUGUAAACAUGGAAGAGUCUGACGCUGGGAACGGUACUGGGACGCAUGGCUGUGAACUGGAGCGUUCUGCUGGAGACGGGGGACUGGAUGAGGUGCAGAUGCAUCUCGCCUGCUUACCGGAGCGAUACAUGACGGCUAAGUUUUCCCUCUCCGCCUACAUAUUUUGUUGGACAGUUGUGAAGUUGUGUCAGAGAUUAAGCCCGUCGGCAGUUCUUCCCCAGGCCCCAGCUUUAGAGGACUCUGGGAGUGAAGGAGGUUGUCUGGAAGAUGGGGAGUCUCAGCAGGAGGACCAUGGAGAGCAACAUGACCAUCAGGAAUGGUGUGAGCCGGUUCCUGAAGCAGCACAGGAUACAAAAGAGGAAUAUUUUGACACAAACUCGUGGCACAGUGACACUUCAUCUAACCCCAAUCAUGAAACUAAGAAUGGCUGCAGGACGUCGCUCAGCUAUGAGACCGGCUCUUGCUCUGUGGGUCAUCUGGACUCACACUCUCCAUUAGUCAAACCCUCUCCUUCAGUUAGUGAGAGAAAUCCCUCUUUAGCAAAAAGCCACCUUGCUGUUUUUGACAGUCACAGUUGGACCACUGAGCAAUUGCAAACACAGACUGGAAAUACGGAGAUGAUACACAUGUGGGUUGAUGGCACUGGAAUGUCUGAUGCUAAAGGUGGUCCAGAUUGUGGGGAGGUUAUCAGCAAUUCUCCAGCGGGACCUGUACUUGAUUCUUCUUCAAGGAAUGGCCUAUCCUAUGUAGUAACACCCCUACUGGAAUUAAAUGACACUGUAGAACCACAAAUACUCUGUGAGCCAAGUGCUAAAGACUCAUUAUUCACCUUAACAGAAAGUGAUGGAGCCAAGUCUCAAUUUGCUGACACCUUUGAUGGAAAAUUUAAAUUAGAACAAAUCAACAAAAAUAUCAUGGACACUCAAUCAGGAUACAGUGAGCCGCACAUACAGUUCACAAGUGAGAAAGAGUUACAGCAAAAUGUUGACACUAGUAACACUGAAAUAGAGAUAAUUGCAUCCGUUGUGAAAAGUACAGAUGCUGAACAUAAUAAAUCAAACACUCAACAUGAUGAGCUAAAUGUUGAUGACAAUGAGAUCAGUUUAUCUGUCUCACGGCAUUUUUCUAAAUAUGAGUCUUUAUCAGUUCAGAAGCCUAUUGAACAGAAAGUUGAGGAGUCAAUAGAACACAGCCAAUCACAGAAUUCAAUAGAACAUAGCAAUUCACAGGGCUCGACAGAAAACAUCCAAUCACAAGCUUCCAUAAAAUGCAGCCAAUCAAAGAAUUCAGUAGAACACAGUCAAUCACAGGGUUCUAUGGAAUGCAGUCAAUCACAGAAUUCAGUAGAACACAGGCAAUUACUGGCCUUAAUAGAACACAGUCAGUCACAGGAUUCUGUCGAAUGCAGUCCAUCACAGGAAUCUGUAGAAUGCAGCCAAACACAGGUCUCUGUAGAAUACAGCCAAUCACAGGACCCAGUAGAAUGCUCAGAAUCACAGGAUUUAAUAGAACACAGCCAAUCACAGGACUCAGUAGAAUGCUCCCAAUCACUGGAUUCAAUAGAACACAAUCAAUCACAGAACUCAGUAGAACACAGUCAGUCACACACUUCAUCAGAACACAGCCAAUCACAGGAUUCUGUUCAACACAGGAAAUCACUGGAUUCUGUAGAAUGUAGCCAAUCACAGGAUUCGAUAGAACACAGCCAAUCACAUGACUCAGUAGAAUACAGUCACACUUCAUCAGAACAGAGGCAAUCACAGGACUCAGUAGAGCACAGUCUGUCACACACUUCAUCAGAACACAGCCAAUCACAUGAUUCUGUACAACACAGGACAUCACUGGAUUCUGUAGAAUGCAGCCAAUCACAGGAUUCGAUAGAACACAGCCAAUCACAUGACUCAGCUGAACACAGUCACACUUCAUCAGAACAGAGGCAAUCACAGAAUUCAGUAGAACACAGCCAAUCACAGGAUUCUGUACAGCACAGGAAAUCACAGGAUUCAGAACACAACCAAUCACAGAACUCCAUAGAGAACAGCCAAUCAAAUACUUCACUGGAACACAGCCAACUACAGUCUUCAGUGGAAGACAGACAAUCACAGGUUGAUUUCAGUAAGGCUGGUUUUAUUUCAAACACAGUGGCUUAUGAAAAGGGACAAUUAAAACAGGACUGCAUGGACAUUUGCAUGGACUGUCAAGUCAGUCAAUCAUUGAAAACAUCUGGAAGGCAUUCAUCAAAGGACACUGACAAAGAACUUGAUUUGAACUUUGAAAAGAAUGAAAGUCUAAAUUUCAAAAAGCAGGACUUAACUGACACUCCUGUUGUUUCGGAAAAUGAGUGUUUUGCAGCUGAGAGAGCUUUCUCAAAUGUGCCUAAUGCAACUUCUGCUGAAGCGUCAAAUUCACUGCAUCAGCAUCUGAUCAAUGACUGGACAUCAGAACAGUCAGAUCUGCAGGCCAUAACUCAUUGUGUUCACCAAAAUUGCCCAGUAUUACAAAUGCACAGUGAAAAAGAAGAUUACUCAGUUAGUAGAUAUCAUAUGGACAGUUAUUGUGUGCAGGAAAGUGGGCAAACAUAUUCGGAGGACCAUAAGCCUGAGGCAGAUUUUUACAAAACCCAUCAGUGCCCUAAUAGUAGAAUUAAUUUUAUCAAACUGGGUGAAUUCCCUGAAACACAAGUUUGUGUUAACGCUAAAAGUUUUGAUAAUAAAGAUGGUGACAUUUUACAACGAACACAGAAGGAUAGCAACAUGCAUCACGAUAUUAAAGGGUACCAGAAAGAAUGUACAAUAGUUCCCUCUAUAGAACAGUCAGUAAUUUACUCUGACAAUUUGGGAUGCAUAGAAUACACUAGGCCCAAGUCGUUGAGUGUGGCGUGUCCUGACAUGGAGACGGCUGAAUCCGAUGGGUGUCCAGUAGACAGUCCUGUCGAAUCUUUGGCUAGUCUGUUUGAGAUUUCGUAUGAAAAAUCUCCAGUCAGCCCUACAGAUGUUUGCUUUGAGCUCAGUGAUGGCCUUCAAAUGAACUGUAAACAAUUAGCGCAUUGCGUUAUAGAAUAUACAGAGACCUCCAAACAAUUUCACCGACCCAACACCCUAUCUGACAAACAAACAAGGCAAAAUGAGUCGGUUAAAACAAUUGAGUCAGAUGUUGAUAUUUUGUCUAGUGCAUGUUCUGAUCCUUUCACUCCUUUUGAUUAUUCUCAGCUGAACAGUAGAAACCAUGAAUACAGCUCAGACACGAAUAAUAACAUUAAAUCCAUUACUUUAGCAGAUUGUGCCUCAAGUGUACAAAUGUCGUUGCCUAGUUCUUUGCAAAAAUACAGCAGAUCUACUAAUAAUGCUGGAUGUUUAGUCUCAAAGGGCGGUGAUUGCAAAGAUAGUGAAUCUUUUAGUGCCCCGGCUGGUCGGGCUUCCUCCUUCAAAGCACCUGAAAUGAAUAUUGUAAUGUACAGCAAAGGUAAUGUUCAGAAACCUUCAGACUUCAAUGCAUGUAGCAGCCACAAAGAUGUUACACAAAAGCAGCUCUGUGAUUGCCAUAAUGGGAAGGAGUGCCAGCUGCACUCGUCUUCAGUGGAGGGAGAGCAGGCAGCGGGAGGAUUUCAGUUCAAGGGCACAGACGGCAUCAGUCAGAGCAGUACUGGAGUGUUGCAAACCUUGAGUCCCCCAAACACAGAUGACCAUUACAGCACACAUGGUGAGGUUAAUUCAGACUCUACAAAUUGUGAAUUUUCACAUACUGUCCAUUUGCUUGCACACAAACACCCAGAGCUUGCCCAAGAGGAGAACAAAUUACCACUGAGUGGCUCUCUCAAGGUCGAUGAUACUUAUGCAUUAGAAAACAUGGAGAGAAGACUUGAAACAUUCACAACAAACUCUCCUGAAAUCACUGAUUCAUUAUAUGAAAAGUCUGAUGCUCUUUUUAAGCAGUCUUUGCAACGGCACAACUCUAAGAUCGAAGGCGCAUUUGUAACAUGUUGUCGAAUUUUACCCAUCACUAAUUUAGAAGCUAUUUUGGAGUCAGACCGUUCACUGGAGAGCUCAUUUGUGUUGGAGAAUGGACUGGAGGAGGAACAGAAAGGAAGUCCAUUAUCAGAAGGUGUAUUCAACGAGAAAUGGAGCUCUUUUGAUGACGUUACAAACCGCCCACAUGACAACAUUUCUGCCAUGCGUACAAAAGCCAAUGUAGCCGUUGUCAUGAAUGAACCAGAUGCUGGAGAAACAAUGAGCUCUUUAUCAAAUGAGUUUGAUAGCAGUGAUGGCCAUAGUGUUUCCAGUUCUGUGUCACAAGACCUUGACUUCAGUACUAACAGUGAGGAGACAGAGGACAGCACUCAGUCAUCGUCUAGUCUUCGUGGUUCUGCGAGAAAUAAGAGAACCCAAUCAGGGAAGGGAUCUAUGUUUUCUGUUUUUUCUCGAAUGCCCUCAUUCCGCAAGACCAAACGAGAACACAAAGGCAAUAACAAGGUUGAUCCAGAAGUUAAGGACUCCAAUGUGGAAGGAGAUGAACGGGACGAAGUAAAGUACAGUAGGUCACUCACACAUAACAAUUCCCAAACUUCGCUGUACAAGACCCAUUUUUCACAAAGUACAGAUCAUCUCACAGACAUUACAAAGUUUUCUGAGCACUCCAAUGAUGACAUUUUUGAAAAGGCUUUUGCUUUUAACUUGCAGAGUAGAGAGAAAUAUACACAAUCCCAAAAUUUGAAUCAGCUGCAGCAGCACAAAGAUGGCGAUGCACAGAAUUUUAAAGCUUCCCCAAGGACAGAGGGAUUGCAACAAAAAAGAAGCAAGAGUACCGAUAACUUAAACUUACGCCUGAAGCUCGCAAUGGCUCACAAGUCUCUGUCUAGCCUGUUUGAGUCCAGAUAUCCUGAGAGGGACAACCAGGAACAGAUCUUGCAGUCUGAGAAUGAGGAGGUGAAAACCAAGCAGUCCUGGAGGAAGAUGAAACAUUUUAAGGAAGCAGAACUUUACAAAAGAACUCUAUCGCUUCCGGGGGCGGUCUGUGACAAGUCCACACAUCAGAGCCAUAUUGAUUGUGCCUUCUGUGCUCCUCAGAACAGGUCCAGACUUAACAGCUCACCAGCUUCCCAAAAGAGUUUAAGGAACACAUGCCAUUUUGACCCGCAGAGUUUGGAAUCUGCACCUCAGGAACCGUCUGAAGACAGUACAUGUCUGGAAGGAGGUGAGCUGCCUUAUGCCACUUCCUCAGAUUCUGAUCAGGCCUCAGUAGAUGGCUUUGAGUCCAAUGUAGAGGAUAGGUCGCAGUCACCUGUAAACCCCAAUGUUCUUGCACUCGCAACCCAGAUGUCACCUAUCUGGACCAGGUCUCUCAGCUGUUUCGAGAACACUGAUAGUCCGACAAGGCCCAUGAGCCCCAAACCUCACAGUCCUGUUCUGGGCUGGACACAACGGAGGAGCUUCCGUUACCCCUCGAGAUCCGUUGCGUCCUCUCUCUGCUCGCUCGGUCAGGGAGUGAGCACUGACGGCCUCUCCGAUCCACCUCAGAGGCCGAGGUCUCUGAAACCAAGGACAGCGCAACUCACUACAACCCAGUCUUUUGAUUCCGAAUACUUACUAGAGGACAGCAGUUCAGACAGCCAUUCUCAGAAUAGCCUGAAUUCAGCAUCCCUGAUAAACAAACCAGAGCAUGUACAGCGGAGUACUGAUCCAGCCAUCCAGUCAGCAGAGAGAAGACAACAAGGAAAUGCAUGUGUGCUUCGGGUGAAGUCUAGAGAGCAGGGUACAGCUGCACCCAGACCCAUCUCAGACCUCUACGGUUGGACCAUGUCUCUUCAGGGCAUCAGAGAGGUAGCGCUUGACCUGGAAAGGAAGAACAAUUCGACCGAAGCACAUCUACGCUCAUGCUCAUUUGAAACGUUGACUGACGUGGAGAACACCCAUAAAAAGAAGCUUAGCAUUCAGCGAAGUUUGCGCCAGCUUAGCACGCCAACAUCUGAGAAGCACAAGAAAUUGCACGCUAGACUUUCUCUCACUUCUACGGAGCAAUUCCCCUCUGUUCCCCUCAAAGACCACUUCUUCUCCCAGAGCACACCUGUUGGACUGGACUUUUUGGGCUGGCCUCAUUAUGCAUUUAUUUCAGAAUCAAAUCUCAGCACACCAGCACAAGAGGCACAUGGACAGGUUGCUCCUCUAGCGUUGGUGAUAACCGAUGGAUCGCAGGAUAAGUCUGGCCUUGCGGAUGAGGUGGGGAGUGAAGAUGACCUGUACAAUGAGUUUCGCAGCUCCUCCAACCGAUUUGGACACCCAGGAGGAGGAGGAGAGCAGCUGGCCAUAAAUGAGCUGAUCAGUGAUGGCAGCGUGUGUGCGGAGGCUCUAUGGGACCAUGUCACUAUGGACGACCAGGAGCUGGGCUUCAAAGCUGGAGACGUCAUCGAAGUAGUGGACGCCACAAACAAGGAGUGGUGGUGGGGCCGGGUGUUGGACAGCGAGGGCUGGUUCCCCGCCAGCUUUGUUCGGUUACGGGUGAACCAAGAUGAGCCCAUGGAGGAAUACUUAGCCCAUCUAGACGGGGCCUCGGAGGGGGGUGGAGCCAGCAUGGGGGGCCCUUUAGGACCCGGCCUGCCCUGCAAGGAGCAGAUGAGAGCCAACGUCAUCAACGAGAUCAUGAGCACAGAGAGGGAUUAUAUCAAACACCUGAAAGACAUCUGUGAGGGCUAUAUAAAACAGUGCCGGAAGAGGACAGACAUGUUUACCGAGGAGCAACUGCGCACUAUCUUUGGCAACAUCGAUGAGCUCUACCGCUUCCAGAAGAAAUUCGUCAAAGCCUUGGAGAAGAAAUUUAACAAAGACCAUCCUCACCUCAGCGAGAUUGGCUCCUGCUUCUUAGAACAGCAAACAAACUUCCAGAUCUACUCUGAGUAUUGCAACAACCACCCCAAUGCCUGCGUUCAGCUCUCCAAACUGAUGAAGAUCAAGAAGUACGUGUUCUUCUUUGAGGCCUGUCGCUUGCUCCAGAAGAUGAUUGACAUUUCAUUGGAUGGAUUCCUGCUUACUCCUGUUCAGAAGAUCUGCAAGUACCCUCUGCAGCUGGCUGAACUGCUGAAGUACACCAACCCACAGCACAGAGAUUAUAAGGAUGUGGAAGCUGCCUUAAACGCAAUGAAGAAUGUGGCCAGACUGAUCAAUGAGAGGAAGAGGCGUCUGGAGAAUAUUGACAAAAUCGCCCAGUGGCAGAGCUCUAUAGAGGACUGGGAGGGUGAAGACAUCUUGAGCAGGAGCUCUGAUCUGAUUUUCUCAGGAGACCUGACUAAGAUCUCCCAGCCACAGGCCAAAGGCCAGCAGCGAAUGUUCUUCCUCUUCGACCACCAAUUGGUUUUCUGUAAAAAGGAUCUGCUUCGGAGGGACAUCCUGUACUACAAGGGUCGGUUAGACAUGGAUCAGAUGCAAGUGGUGGAUGUAGAGGAUGGGAAGGAGAAGGACUUUAACGUGAGUGUGAAGAAUGCCUUGAAAUUGUGUUCUCCCGGAGGAGAGGAGGUCCACCUCCUGUGUGCCAAGAAACCCGAGCAGAAGCAGCGCUGGCUGCGAGCCUUUGCAGAUGAACGGGAACAGGUCCAGCACGACCUCGAAACAGGUUUUACGAUCACAGAGGUCCAGAAGAAGCAGGCCAUGUUGAAUGCGUCUAAAAGUCAUCCAACAGGGAAGCCCAAAGCUGUGACCAGGCCCUACUAUGACUUCCUGCUGCGUCAGAAGCACCCCACGCUUCCCACCUCCCUGCCCCAGCAGCAGGUCAUCAUGUUGGCCGAACCCAAACGCAAGACCUCCAAUUUCUGGCACAACAUCGGACGCUUGACACCGUUCAAAAAAUGAGGGACAUUCGCGGUUGUGCCUGAACUUGUGUUUUUAUCCCAGUGUAACAUGUUUAUUUUUAUUGUCCAAUUGCGAAAGCACUUUAUGGGUUUGUUACAAUCACAGCAUCACUCCCAGACGUUGUCGAACAUCACGGGAGGGGCGUUCCUGCUACGUUGUCCGGCUACUACUGCUCAACCGCUCCACUUCCCGACUAACACGACUACUGCUGCAAGUUAUCGUACGGACACGCUUCAUCAAAAGAGCCCCGCUUGAAGAGAGGACUUCUUUAUAUGUCGGUUAAUUUAUUUUCAAGUUUUCAAUGUAUGCCAGCUAUCCACAGUGCCCAACUACUAGCUUUUGUAUGUAAUUUGAUACUUUUUUGUGUAACCCAUGAUAAAGUUUCAAAGGGUUCCGCACAAGAUGAAAGUAGACAGUGUCGAGAUUUAUUACUGUAUUAACUUCCUCAAGGCUGUCACCCGAAGUCCGUCGAUAUCAUGCCAGUCUGUGUAUGCAACUAUCAACUUCUCCGAACUUUCUCCUCAUGAAGCUUUUGACGACGUCCCAUCGGUACUCACCGUUUCAGAUGAGUGUUUCAUGUACGUGCUCAAUUUAAGUCUGCUGCCUAAAUAAUGACUCCUCUGUAACGAACUUCUCUCUGAAGUGCCAUUCCAGACGUGACCCGGAUGUUGUGAUGGGGGGUUGCAUGAAUUUGCUGUGAAACUCGACAUUUUCGACCCAAAUAAAAUUCUCAAUAUUCUGUCAUUCUGAUAGAUAAUGGAAAGAAUAUCUCUGACAGUUGUCAAAUAUGUAUAUGAUUAUCUUUGACCACAAAACCAAGUAUGUUAAUAAAAAGCAUUUGUAAGUGUUAUGAAUCUGA